AGAUAGUUUCAUAGAAGUGUGCUGAGGACUGAACAUUGAGGGACUCCAGCUUCUGGGGUGAAUGGUGGCUGUGGAAACCUUGGCUGUUUUGGAGGAAGCUUGGGAUGAUAUUUCUGAUUGAGUGCAGGAGUUGGAGGUUGUCUGCUAGUUUGUGGCACAAAAUUAUCCUUUUGACCAGUGUGAUUUAUAUACUUCAAUGUGCAGGACCAGCAGCUGCUGUGGGAGGAUAUGCAAAUAAAAUAUGAACUGCCAUUGGUCUAUUAUAAUCAGAUCAGAUUAGUACGUAAUGGUCUGGGCCAAAACUCAACCCACCCAAGACGUGCAGAAAUUUCAGCCGUUUAUUAUUUUUAAUUUUUAACAGCUCUUACAGAAAUUAGAGCGUUAUUAUAAUUUUCACAAUUUGAGUGUAAUUUCGAGCCUCUGCACAGCCCUAUUUCCAAAUAAAUCAAAGACAUAUCAGACGCAAUGAUUGUUCAGUUGGAAGUGCAAAGAAACAUUUACGAUCUCUCUUGCUUUUGCUUGUCAUUGCCUAAAGUGAAACCACAAGAUGAAUGGGGAAGCUCUCAUGCCGCGUUCAAGACAACUCAGAAAUGUCCAACUUGGAAACUCAUUGUAGAAAGAUGAGGUCCACGUUUCCCACUUGGAAAGUAUCAGAAUCAACUAAUAGUAAGCUCAGUGCAAAAAACAUAUGCACAUUUUAACUGAGGCUUUGCAGAUGGGUGUACCUAAUAAACUGGCCACUGAGUGUAUAUCUGGUGUCAUUUCAUGGGGACUGAGGAAUACGGAGUGUUGCUGGCCCAUUCCAUUGGCCCCAAUGCAAUACAUUGUAUUUGAAUUACAUAUUGGUUUCUAGAGCAAACAAGUCUUUGUGCCGAGGUGAAAGUGGCAUUAGAAGUACUCGGUAGGGUCUGUAGAAUCUAUAUAUGGUUUUAUUUCAUGGGGUACUGGGGUCUAGAUGGCACAUCUAGGGCCACCGUGAUGUCAAUCAUCUCUACUUCAUUUGAGUGUUAUUUCCUUUUUCUUGUGGAAAAAUGUCAAUGCCUUACAUUUUCCAGUUGUUUCGGUCUUCUACUCAGACUACUGCAGCGAUGGCACGCCCAGGCCCAACGCAGCGCCAGAGAGCAGAGUGCCAUCAUAGCCAUGAAGACGCAGAGGCACAGAAGAACACUGCUUGCGGCUUUUACUUCCUGGAAGGAGCGUUUCCUCUACCAGCAGAGCUUAGCCAGGGCAGCAGCACGCCACUGGAGACAGAGGGCACUCGAAAGCAAGGCAGCCAGCCACCGCGUCACCUGUCUGACCUGGUAUUCCUUGACCCGGUGGAGAUGGGCGCUGCACAGACGGAGAGACAGGUGCCAGCGGGCGAGGGUGCUGGGCAGGGAGUGGGCGCGGCGCGCCAAGCAGAGCGUGGAUGACCAGGAGAGGGCGACGGAGCUCCUUCAGCAGAGACAGAGGAGAGACGUCGCAGAGAGGUUCUACUACUGGAUCACAGCCCAUCAGUCCUCACUGACCAGUUUGGUAUUCCACAACCAGACUCUGUGCAAGAGGGUUUUCCAGAGCUGGCAAGCCUACACCGGCCCUACACUAGCACGUAAGCACAAAGGUGCCAGGUUCCAUCUUGGCAGAGCCAGGAGGCUGGUGGCCCUGUGUUUUACCCACUGGAGGAGUGAGCUGGAGCAGGCUCGAAACAGACUGAAGGUCCUGGAGCAGAGACUGAAACACAUACACUUCAAACUCACUGCUGUCACCAUGAACCACUGGAGAACGGCCACUAGAGGGUGCAUAGCGCUCAAACACUUCAACAGAGGGACAAUACGUCAGUGUUUUGAUCACUGGAGGGAGAGGACACGCACAUCCAGAGCAGUCACUAUACUGUGUGUACAGAGAGAGAGGAGAGGGGCACGUGAAGUUCUGCUAUGCUGGUGGAAGUGGACUAAAGAGUCUAGAUGCCAGAGGCAGAUGGAGGAGGCAGUGUGGCUGUGGCUGGAGGGUCGCAGAGUGACCAGAGCCUUUCAACUGUGGCUCAGAGUCCACCAUCGCCACCAAGAGGCCUCACGGCUGGGACGGGCUCACCUAAUGCGCAGGUCUUUUCGGGUCUGGCGAAGGGUAGUGACGGAGAGCCUGUCAACUUUUCAGAAGGCGGAGUCACGGCUACGCACCCACCAGACCCAAUCAGCUUUCAGUGUCUGGAGGAGGCGCACCGUGUCCCAUAAUCUCUUAAGUGACCUGGUCCAGAGAACAAAAUCCAGGCAGAGGAGUCGUCUGCUGAGAUCAUCACUCCACACCUGGCACCAAGAGGUCCAGUUGCGUAAAAGACGAUCUCUACACCUCUCACAGAAGUACUUUGCCUGUUGGGUGAACAGAAUUGGCAUCAGACACAUUGAAAGGAAGAAUCAGUUGGAGGCUAGACUGAGGGAGUGUCUACGGCGGUGGCGUUUAGGUGUGCUGCUGAAAAGAGCUCGGAGGAGACUCACCCAGGUGUUGUGGGUCAGCUGGAGAGACCAGACCGCUGCUGCACUCCUACUCAAGACCCUGCACACUGACCGACUGCAGCAGUGGGCGUGGCUGACAUGGAGGAAGAGACACAUCAGAACCCGGGUGUCUGAGACCUUUGCCGCGCAACUGGACCAAGCCCUCAUUGCGCAGGUGUUCAACAUGUGGCGGCAGAAGCAUGCUCUUCGCUCCACAGCGACCGACACGUGACCUACGGUAUAGGGAGAAGUAGCUGUCCUCUGCUCCGUCAACCCUUGACCUCUCC